ACAUGGAAGACUGAUAGCAAGUCUAUAGAAGUUGGUGGAGAUGUCACCAUGGAUUGGGAAUAUAUAACUAAGGCUGUAUCUGAAUAUAUUUUGGUUUAUAGAAUAUCGCCGUUUGAUGAAAAGUCCAGGAGACAGGAUCUUGUUCAGUUGGAAAUAAAAAAUAUGGCAAUGGAGGGUGAUGAUGAUAGAGUUACAGUAACUCUGAAUACAGAUGACAAAGGCACAACAACAGUGCUUUUUACUUUACGUAAAGUAACGGAGGAGGAUGUAGACUAUAAUUACUUCAUAGAAUUCAGACAUAGUGAUAGUUGCUCCAUCAUCAGCAAACCAAUUCUUUUAACUUUACCUGAGGGGCCUAGGAUGGAUGUGCCUAACAAAUAUAUCCAAGGCACAAUUGGUAACACUGUGAAAUUAAUAUUUAGAUAUUACUACAGAUUUCCAGCUAUCAGCAUUAACGUGAUUCGUGACAAUAGUCCGAAAUUAAACUACCAAAAGGUGGGAUAUUGGACGGAAUCCGGGUAUAAUCCUGUUAUAGAUGACGACAGAUUGGUCUUUCAUAAACAGCCAAUAUUAGACGGUGCACAGAUAACUCUAGAUAUACUAAAUACAACUUUCACAGAUUAUAGUACCUAUAUAUUUAGUGUCCUUUUCAAAAACCAACAACAUGUCGCGAUAGAGAUUCGUUUAAGUUUACAGUCAGUGACUAUAGAGAGUGGAUCGUUGGUGAUGAUGACCGUGUUGCCCAUAUUAACCGUAUUGAUUGGUGCCCUUGUAGGAUUAGGUAUUUAUGGUUAUAAACGUAAAGCUAAAAGAGUGGUAAAUACCAGCAGCAAUCCAGUGAAUAAUAUUAGACAUUCCUACAUUUCAUUAAACAGUGUUGUUAUAUUCCAUGCAAACCGUGAUUCUACUGCAACCAAUACAGAGUCUAUUGCAUCUAACGACACAGGUGCAUAUGCUAAUCCUUACGAUCCAAUCAACAGAGAUGGUAUUGAUACCAGUAAAAGCUUUUAUAUGUCUCUACAGAAUCCUGGAACAAGUAACAUUAACGAAUUGGAGGAUGUCCAAGAAACAAAUGUUAAUAGCAAUUCAGUAACCAGUAUAGUUGAUGUCCAGACAGCCGAUGAUGAUGAUGAUGAUGAUGUAACCAAUAUAGAUGAUGUCCAGACAGCUGAUGAAGGUGAUGAUACAUCGACAGCCGAUGAUGAUGAUGAUGAUGAUGAUGAUGUAACCAAUAUAGAUGAUGUCCAGACAGCUGAUGAAGGUGAUGAUACAUCGACACUUGACUCUAACCCUUACAAUGCUCUGAACAAAUACACCAUGAACAGUGAUAUACACAGUUAUAUAUCGCUACCACCUGGUACGAGACCCGACUAUGGGACGAAUGACCUUUUGCGUAAUUCCAGUAUAGUAGAUGGCGUAAUGACUGUGAAAAAAAGACCCUCAACGAUUUAGAUUUGAUUCUCAAAUUAAAUCAUAUAUUAUGCAUUUAUUUAGACCAUCUUUGAAAAGACAUGUGUUUAUUUAGUUUUAGUUUUUUUUAUUUAUUUAACUUCUAACAUGCCAUAGAGUACGAGGUUUUCACAUGUGGACUCUGGCCCCAGAUUUCUUGCAAUGCCUGUUUAGAUUGUGUGUCUUGCCCUAUUCUACGUUUAAUAACAGAGAGGGAAAGAUAGGGUUUGACGUCCACUCGACACAAACUAGGUCAUUUCGGGACUAACAUAAGGUUCAGUUUUAUUUUAAUAAUUCGCUUGCUCGACACAAACUAGGUCAUUUCGGGACUAACAUGUGGUUCAAUUUUAUUUUAAUAAUUCGCUUGCUCGACACAAACUAGGUCAUUUCGGGACUAACAUGUGGUUUAAUUUUAUUUCAAUAAUUCGCUUGCGCGUAGGGGUCUUUAGCAGUGGGAGGAAACCGGAGGACCUGGAGAAAACCCAAGAGGUUGGACAGGCGACCCUACUCCUUGUCAAGUACAACCGGGGAUUCGAAACCACGCCAGUUGACUCAAUGACAGACCUUAUGAUACAACGCGCACGCGCUAACCAUUCGGCCACCCAACCCCCAAAUAACUAAUAGAACAUAUUAACACGAUUGUUUCUGAUUUUCCAUUUGACUUAAUCGUCCAUCUCAUCUAUCUCGGGUCAGGGCCUCCUCCAUCUCAUCUGUCUCGGACCAGGCCCUCGUCCAUGCCUGGGCUAAUCUACAACUAAUGGGCGAACGAAUGAUCUCUAUAAUUUAACAAGACAGUGUGUUAUUAUUUGUUUUACAGAAUUUAUAUAUUCUGUUAUGCUUUGAUUUUAAGCCAUUGAUUUAUGUUUUCAUUAAGGAUAAACUAUUAUGUUAUACAUAAUGAAUGUUUAUUUGUUGUAAAAAUUGUUAUUUGCUUUACUGUUAGGGGCAGAUUUUUGAAUUUUAAUAUUUUUGUUUGCUUUGUAUCAAAUUUAUUAUUUUUUACAUAUAUAGUUAAAAUAUGUAUUUGCUGAUUGUUUUAAUAUGAAUUAUUCGUGUUUUAAAAUAUCCGCUGGUUCAAUCUUGUUUUUAAUAAAAAAAAACUGCAUUGUUUGGUGUAUAUAAUUGAUAUAUUGUUACUUUGCUAGUCAGAGGUUUUUGUGCAAUAGGGAUCCAUGAGCUGCCCUCAUUUUUUAUUCGCAAUUGAUAUUCUGUAUAUACAUACAUAUUACUGUUUUUGAAUUUAAAACGAUGAUUUGUUUUAAAUAAUCUAUCUUUGUUUUUAAACUAAUAACUUAGUGUUGUUACUUUGCUAGUCAGAGGUUUUUGUGCAAUAGGGAUCCAUGAGCUGCCCUCAUUUUUUAUUCGCAAUUGAUAUUCUGUAU